UUAUAAUUUUUGUUUUGUAUUGUUUUCAUAUCUCAAAUGUCAAAGAUAAGUCUGAAAAUUCUAGUUGAUAAAGAGAAAAACAAGAUUGUUUUGGUGGAAGCACGUAAAGAUUUUGUUGAUGUUCUCUUUAGUUUUCUUAAACUCCAAAUGGGUACAAUCGUAAGAUUGGUCAAGAAACAAUCUCACCAAGCUUCAGUGUGUUGUUUCAGCAACAUUUAUCAAAGUGUUUUAGAUUUGGAGAUUGAUAACUUUCUCACUGAAGCAUGUAAACAUAUGCUUUUGUAUCCGAGAGGUUUCAACGAUCAUAUAUUCCCAAAGCUAAAGCUAAACAUCAACGAUACCACCGAGGCUUGCAAGUUCUCUAUAUGCACAAAUUGUAAAGAAGGCAUUUUGCGCAGUUCGAAUAGACGAAAAUGUACAUGUGGCGAAAUGACGGAGAUGGGGAUAAUGACGGAGAUGGGGAUAGAGACGAAGAUGGAAAGCGAUGUUGUAGGUUACGACGUUGAUGGAGUAUUUUUUUAUGGCCAACCUUCGUUUAUCAUUACUGAUAAUAUGGUAGUGCAAUAUAACUCUACUGAUGUGUUUCUUAAAGUGAUCAAAGAUCAGGGUUAUGCGGAUGUCGAAAAGUUGAGUGAAUCACUUAUUGUCAUUGGUUCUGAAGAGGUACUCGCCUUGUUGGACUGUUUAUUCUCGUCUGACACUCCUUUGACGGACGCUUUCCUUAGGAAACAAAGCUCUUGUAAUAUGAACAGGUUGCAUAAGACAAUGAUUCAUGGUCUACAAGAAAGUGGAAAUGAGACAGAAUCAGACUUGAUAACUUUCAAUGUAGUUGUUCGAAAGCAGGACAAGAAGGUUAUAUAUUUUGAAGGCUGUGAAGAUUUUGUGAAUCUUCUAUUUCUAGUUCUUGCUGUUUCUUUGGAAUUUGUGUUGGAAACUUCUGGUGAUAAUGCGGUUCAUGGAUGUAUCGGAAAUCUUUUUAGAAGCUUCAAGGAGUUGUGUUGUGACAAAAACACAAGUCUGUCGUCUAUGUUAAUACUUCCAUGGUAUUAUAGGUGCCAGAAGCAGCUGCUAUGUUAUGAUGAUAUGGUCCUAGUUAACUUCAGGCGAGUGAAGCGUCCAUGCGAGCAAUGUGCUAUUAAUCAUGACUCUGCAUGUAAAGGGUUUGUGAAAGGAAACAUGAGGUUUAGAGUAUCAGAUGAUCUGAUCAUAACACCUCUGAGCUCAAGCUCGACCAUUGGCUAUCUAAAGAAGCUUCAGGUGGGUUUAGACGAUGUCGACGUGCAAGAGAUCAGUAUCGGCGAAGUAGAGGUUAACAAUGUAAUAAGCACUUCUCUUAUGACAUCAACGGUUUUAACCACUGCUUUAUGGAACUUACUCGUGAAGAAGCCAAAAGAAGAAACCUGAAUUUAGAGAGUUGAAAAAGAAGUUUGGAAGAUUGGUUUAUUGAUUCCAUUUAAUUGGCAAUUUGGCAUUAUAGUUGGUUCUUUGCCAUCUUUAUGUUGGAUUUGGAGUUUUUCUUAAAAAAAAAAACAAAAAAAAAACUAAAUAGUCUUUGUUUAGGGAAUCUUAAA